CACACACAAACAGAGACUGACUGAAACAGAGAGAGACAGAGUGGAAAAACCUGCUGUACCUGCUCCUGCAUAACCUGAGAAGGUGUGACAGAGAGGUGGGGCAUAGAGAGAGAGAGAACGAGAGAGAGAGAGCCGACAAAGUUGUGGAGAUACAGACAGAAAGACUAAGACAGAGAGAGAGAGAGAUUUGUACUAGUUGAGUCUGAGAAAGGAGCAGGAAUCAAAACACGUUCUUUACACACAGAUGGAAGGACAUCAGACUCUCAGUCCCCCAAAUCCACAGGCUCCAUACAAUCCCCCCCCGAACCACAUAUACACUAAUAACAUCAAAGCUAAUGGAGUGAUGAAUGGUCAGCCUGAUAAGGCACUCUUGAGGGCACAGCAGGAAGUGGACACGUUAAAUCACUGUUUUGAGGAGAUUGAGGUAUUCAUGAUGAAACUGCAGCAGGCCGCUGAAGCUCAGAACAUCUUGGAACAGAGAAACAACAAGAAGAAAAAGAGUAGAAAGAAGGAGGAUGACCUGCUCAGUGCUAAAGCUAAAAUUCCUCCUGAAGCAGAGUUCAUCCAGAUCUUUCAGAAAUUCAAAUACAGCUUCUGUCUUCUGGCGAGGUUAAAAUCGGCCAUUGCUAACCCCACAUCAGAUGAACUCCUACACCAUAUCUUCAAACCACUGGACAUGAUUGUGAGGACUACAGGAAGUCCCGCUUUAGCAGCAUCAGUGAGAAGCCCUGCAUUAACAGUGGGUGCAGUAACGCUACUGAAAGAGAACCUAACACAGCAAGAACACACACUGUGGAGCUCCCUGGGAAGCUACUGGACACAAUCAGGGUUAACAUUAGGUAUUUCUGGAUCUACUUACACUCCUGUGUUUCUGAAUGGUUGGAAACCAUCCGGGACAGAGCUUGAGGGCUGGAUCGAUCCCAUCCAAGCAGAACACAAUAAAGACCAAGAGCUGGAAAAGCUUGCGAGCUCUGUCCAGCCCCCUGUUCCUGUUCAGAACACACACACAGAAGUUGAUGGUGCACCAUUGAAGGAGAGACUGUACAGCUGCAGCUAUGACUUUGUGGCUCGGAACAGCAGUGAGCUCUCAGUCCUGCAGGGAGACACGCUGGAGGUAAUUGAGUCCUCUAAGCGAUGGUGGAAGUGUCGUAACAGGUUUAAUGAAGUCGGUUUUGUCCCCUUUAACAUCCUGGAGCCUGUUUCUCACAUAGAGAGCCUGGGGCCCAACAAACCACCCAAGGCUCCAGCACCCCCUCCACUGCAGAAGACAAGCACUCUGCCUCUGCCCACUUCCCUUGGCGUGACCACUAACCUCAACACUUCACGACCUCGCAGCAUUGCCCUGCCACCUCAACACCUGCCUGAGGACACAGAGAAAGCGAUGCAGGUUAAUGAUGAACUCUUGCGGAGACUGACCAGUGGAAAAACAGCGUUGUCUCGUCCAUUGGCCAUCCCUCGCUUUGCAGAUACCUCACUUCCUCUGGAUUAUCACUCACCCCCUGCUGAGGUCGAGGCCUGGCUACGUGGGAAAGGCUUCAGUGAGCCGACUACACAGUGUCUUCGUGUGUUAACAGGAGCUCAGCUCUUCUCUCUGAAUAAAGAGGAACUUCGCGCUGUCAUUCCUGAAGAAGGAGCGAGGGUGUACAGCCAAGUUGCCGUACAAAAGGCACUGCUGGAGGAUGUCAGAAAGGCAACAGAGCUGGAGGCAGUGAUGGAGAAACAGAAGAUGAAGGUGGAUUUCACAGAGGAGAGUGGAACUCUGUAACAUACGCCUCAUACUCUAGCGUACUACACCCCCCCCCACACACACACACACAAACACACAUGUAGUUUAUAUAUACACAUUCAUGUACAUGGUAUGGUGUAACAAAAAAACCCUAACAUUUAUUUAAUGCCUUUACACACACACACACACACACAUACACACAGAGUCUAUAUGAUACAUUACAGACUAUUCCUCACACACUUACACAAAUCAACUGCCAUUUUAUGGUAAAGCUGUCUAAAUGUAAAUGUUCAAUCUUUGACUGUACAUUCAUAAAUUAUAAUAACUUGUGUGGCAUUCUCUGUUAUUUUAAAUAUCUGUGUGUGUGUGUGUGUGUGUGUGUUUCGACAUCAUUUUACAAAAACAUUAUUUGACGGUUCAACAAAGAGCCUGCAUCUUUUGAUCCAAGUUGCAUAGUGCAAGACCGUUUAGUGCUUUAUAAAUUAAUAAUAGUAUUUUAUAAUCAAUGCGAGAUUUCACUGGGAGCCAAUGCAGUGUGGAUAAGAUCGGGGUGAUGUGGUCGUAUCUUCUGGGUCUUGUUAGGACUGUAGCAUUCUGGACUAACUGGAGUUUGUUUAUGCUCCUACUGGAACAUCCAGAAAGUAAGGCAUUACAGUAAUCUAGUCUAGAGGUGACGUAAGCAUGAACUAAUAUUUCUGCAUCAUGUAGUUACAUUAGACAACCCCAAUUCCAAAAAAGUUGGGACAGUAUGGAAAAUGCAAAUAAAACAAAGAGGAGUCAUUUGUAAAUGUACAUUUACUUGUAUUUAAACAAAAAACAUAAAGACGAGGUAUUUGAUGUUUUACCUAAUCACCUGCAUAAUUUUUGGAAGAUGAACAUUCAUUUUGAAAUUGAUGCAUGCAACACAUUCCAAAAAAGUUGGGAUGGGGUAAUUUAGGAUUAAUAGUGAUGUGACGAGUUGAAAUAAGAAGGUGAUGUGAAACAGGUGAGGUAUAAUCAUAGUAUAUAAGGAGUCUCCAAAAAAGGCUGAGUCCUUCAAGAGCAAGGACGGGUCGAGGCUCGCCAAUCUGCCGUCAGAGAAUAAUCCAACACUUUUAGAACAACAUUCCCCAAAGACAAAUCUGUCUAUACAAGUAUUGUACUUGUCUAUACAAUAUAUCUAUACUUAAUACAACAUAAUUUAGUGUUCAUGACAUCACUGUUUCAUAGUAUACUAUAAUCAUGCCAGUAACCUAUAUUAAUU